AAUAACAUGAGCCAAACUAAUCGACAGGUACUAUCUCGCACGGAAACAUGGCCAGGAGGAGAAGUGGAGGAGGGCGGCAGGGUACCAAACUUCUCCGUCGCAACUGAAAGUGGGGCAAGUCAUGCUCACUUGGCGAAGAACUCAACAAGGAAGACUGCGUUGAACGAGUCCGGUAAUGCGGGCGCAACGUUUUACAGAUCCGGACAGUGUAACAUGGACCAACAUUGCUGUCAAGCAGCCGCCUCUCGCCCCGGAGACGAGUUAGACGCUGACAUCCGUGUGGCCAACGGCUGCCCCGGUUUCGCCUGCGCCACGAUCUCCGAGACGGCACGAGAGCUGUGCAAAGCGGUGUCUGUGUCUCUGGGCCUGGCCAUGGACUCCAAUGACACCAGCGACCUGCACACCCAUCUUGCACCGUCUAUCGCCUCUGACCAAAUGCGCGGGGACUAUUUAUUUGGAAACGCGCAGUUGAACUGCGCCCGAGCCCACGCAACCAUCUCUGAAUACAAGCGCCCCGACGGCGACGACCGGAGAAUUGAUAGCAGCAGCAGCAGCAGCUUGCUGAAACUGAAAAGCCCGGAGGAUGCUGCGGCUCUGCGACAUCUCCGCUACAACCUGGCAUCUGUAAACGAAUCGGUCGACUUCAGACUCGGCGAGACUGACGGCACAACUUCCAAAGAGAUAGUUCCUCUGGACGCGGCGCGCCCUGUCUCUUACCCCCCCUUUGGCGCUUUGGCUGCGGAGGACUUCGCACACCUGGGUCAAACAGAAAGAGCGCCUCGUGCCUACAAGCCACCGAAUCUAGCAAGUAACAUGUGUGGCGCUAUGGAAGACAAAUAUGCCGAUUACCUUCAAGAGCAGUAUAGUAUCAAAGUCAAAUCCGAGGUCGUUACUAGUGACACUGCCGGGACGUUAUGGGGCACCAAUUAUACUUACAGCGACAAUAGCUAUAUCCAGUUUGGGGGGUCGAGGCGGUGCGUAAAUACGCACGGCGCGGGAGCAAACGCCAACUUCAUAUGCAAUCCAUAUGAGAGCGGCGUCUCGCGCCGGGAAAGUGCAACGCAUGAGCAAUGGUACCGCGGCGGGAUGCUGGCCGGGUCCCCCUAUCCCAAUACCAGCUAUAUGAAAAAUGAAGCCGGUGACUGGCUGGAUGUCUCGUACAACGAUGCCAGGUUCGAGAGCAACAGAGAUCACAUGUUUCCAAUGGAGUUCUUCUUUCCACCACAAAGAACUUGUCUGAUUUGUGCAGAUGAGGCAUCUGGCUGCCAUUAUGGGGCACUCACCUGUGGCAGCUGUAAAGUUUUUUUCAAGAGAGCAGCAGAAGGCAAACAAAAAUACCUAUGUGCAAGCAGAAAUGACUGUACCAUUGAUAAGCUAAGAAGGAAGAACUGCCCUUCAUGCCGGCUUAAGAAGUGUUUUGAAGCUGGAAUGACUCUUGGAGCACGUAAACUAAAGAAGAUUGGUCAACUGAAGAGCUCUGAAGAGGAGACUCCUGUUCAGGAGACAGCAGAGGUUACCCAGCUAAUCACACCCAAAUCUGGACUGAACUUCCACACUCAGCUGAUGUUCCUCAACAUUUUGCAGUCGAUUGAGCCUGAGGUGGUGAAUGCAGGACAUGACUUCAACCAGCCGGACUCCGCUGGUGCUCUACUCAGCAGCCUCAAUGAACUCGGAGAGCGACACCUAGUGAAAGUGGUCAAGUGGGCAAAAGGUUUGCCAGGGUUUAGAAAUUUACACGUGGAGGAUCAGAUGACUGUCAUUCAACAUUCAUGGAUGGGGGUGAUGGUGUUUGCCUUGGGAUGGAGGUCCUAUAAGAAUGUCAGCGGCAGAAUGCUUUACUUCGCCCCUGAUCUCAUAUUCAAUGAUCAUCGCAUGCACAUCUCGAACAUGUAUGAGCACUGCAUACAAAUGAGACAUCUUUCCCAGGAGUUUGCCCUGCUGCAAAUCACCCAGGAAGAGUUCCUAUAUAUGAAGGCCUUGCUCCUCUUCAGCAUUAUUCCAGCUGAUGGUCUCAGGAGUCAAAAGUACUUUGAUGAGUUGCGUCGCACGUACAUCAAUGAACUGGAUUGCCUCAUUAACCAGGGGAUGAAACCUAACUACUCCCGGAGAUUCCACCAACUCACCCUCCUCAUGGAUUCUCUUCAACCUAUCGUAAGACAACUCCAUCAGUUUACAUUUGACCUUUUUGCCCAGGCCCAAUCAUUGCCCAUGAACGUCAGCUUUCCAGAGAUGAUUGCAGAAAUCAUUUCAGUAUAUGUACCAAAGAUCCUGGCAGGCUUGGCGAAACCAAUCCUGUUUCACAAGUAG